GCGCCCCCCGCAGCCCGGGGCGCCGUGCGUCCAGCCCGGCCCGCGGUUCCCAGUCCCUGCACGGCUCGCGUGACCCGUCGUUCCCCCGCGGGCUGUGCCGUCCGGCUCUCCCGCGUGCGAGCUUUGCUUUGGGCUCCUCUCCGAGCAGUCGGUCCCCACCGGGCGAGCCAUGCCGAGCCGCCGCGUCGUCAGACCGCCCGCUGCGCCCGAGAUGGGGGCCUUGGGGCCCAGUAGUGACCUUUCCUCGCUCUCCCUGGGCAUUUCUAGGACCACAGAUGAAUUGGCGAUCAUCGACGAGUACAUCAAGGAGAACGGCUUCGGCCUGGACGAGGCGCAGCUGGUGCCCCGCGGGGCUGCGGCGCUGAGCACCGUGACCCUGGGCCCCGCCCCGCCGCCCAACCCGGCCACGCCACCGCCCUGGGGCUGCGCCCUCAGCCGCCUGGUCCCGCCCGCGCCCGGGCCCGGCCCGCGGCCGCACCUGGUCAUCACCGAGCAGCCGAAGCAGCGCGGGAUGCGCUUCCGCUACGAGUGCGAGGGCCGCUCGGCCGGCAGCAUCCUGGGCGAGAGCAGCACGGAGGCCAGCAAGACGCUGCCGGCCAUCGAGCUCAGGGACUGUGGCGGGCUGCGGGAGGUGGAGGUGACUGCAUGCCUGGUGUGGAAAGACUGGCCGCACCGAGUUCACCCACAUAGCCUUGUGGGGAAAGACUGCACUGACGGCGUGUGCAGGGUGCGGCUACGGCCUCAAGUCAGUCCCCGACACAGCUUUAACAACUUGGGCAUCCAGUGCGUCAGGAAGAAGGAGAUUGAAGCCGCCAUUGAGCGCAAGAUUCAGCUGGGCAUUGACCCCUACAAUGCUGGCUCCUUGAAAAACCAUCAGGAAGUGGACAUGAACGUGGUGAGGAUCUGUUUUCAGGCGUCCUACCGGGACCAGCAAGGACAGAUGCAUUGCCUGGACCCUGUGCUCUCUGAGCCUGUCUAUGACAAGAAGUCCACAAACACGUCAGAGCUACGGAUUUGUAGGAUUAACAAGGAGAGCGGGCCGUGCACGGGUGGGGAGGAGCUCUACCUGCUGUGUGACAAGGUGCAGAAAGAGGACAUCUCUGUGGUGUUCAGCACAGUGUCCUGGGAGGGCCGGGCCGACUUCUCGCAGGCUGAUGUGCACCGGCAGAUCGCCAUUGUGUUCAAGACCCCACCAUAUGAGGACCUGGAGAUCUCAGAGCCUGUCACAGUCAACGUCUUCCUACAGCGGCUGACAGACGGCGUCUGCAGUGAGCCACUGCCCUUCACCUACCUGCCCCGGGACCACGACAGCUACGGUGUAGACAAGAAGCGGAAACGAGGGAUGCCCGACGUUCUUGGGGAGCUGAGUAGUUCUGAUCCCCAUGGCAUUGAGAGCAAACGGAGGAAGAAGAAACCAGCCUUCCUGGACCACUUCCUGCCUGGCCAUAGCUCAGGUCUGUUCCUCCCUCCGUCUGCCCUGCAGCUGGACGGUGACUUCUUCCCCAGCGCGGUGUCCUUGCCAGGCCUGGAGCCCUCCGCGGGUCCCGACCUCCAGGACGACUUCACCUAUGACGCCACAGCCCCCACGCUCUUCACCAUGCUGGACCUGCUGCCCCCGGCGCCGCCCCUGGUCAACGCCGUGUCGAGCAGCGCGGGUGCCGGGCCCACGGUGGCCGAGUCCCCGGAUCCCGAGCCACUGACCCUGGACUCCUACCCGGCCCCGGGCCUCGGGGACGGAGGCACCGCUAGCCUUGUGGGCAGCAACAUGUUUCCCAACCAGUACCGUGAGGCUGCCUUCGGGGGUGGCCUCCUGUCCCCGGGGCCCGAGGCCACGUAGCCCUGGAGGCGCCGGGAGGGUUGAGGGGGUCGGACCUGGGCCCCCCUCCGGUCAGUCGGAUAGACAUCUGCAGCGCUGGCGACAGCCUCGGGAGCUCUCCUCGGGCCCCCAAUUUGUAGAAGAGACAUCGAGUUGGGAGGGAGUGGGCGAUGGGGGGUCAUGGAUCCCCUCCCUCCCCGCCCCCGCCGCCCGAACUCCACACACGUGGCCACCUUUGGGGGGGGCCGGAAUGUGAGAGGCUGUUCUUAAGGGAGGAGAGGGAAAAUCCUUGACACCCCUGCAGGUGAGAGGAGGUUGUUUGUGCAGAGCCUUCUCAAUAAAGAGGAGUUUUUGAACC